ACCGCAAGUUUCACUCUUGAUCGAUAUCUCGUGCGGUGAAACUGCAUGUGUGUUCGACUUCGAGUAUAUUAAGUGGGGCGACAGAAAUAUACUGAUGUUUUCCAUGUAAAGUUUUCGUUAGAUUAUUCAUUUCCUCUUUGAAAAGUGUGAAUCUAACGAGAAAUCAAGAAAUUCAAACAUGGCGAGCAUUCAAGAUGAUUAUCAAGCCACAGCAAGCCCUGAAAACCCAAAGAAAAUAAUAUCACCCAAAAACAAACGCUCGCAAAUAGCAAAAAUUCUCAUCAUCGUACUUGUGACAGCAAUAUCCGUGGUUUUCACAAUCGUUGACGUAGUUGUCACGGCACAAAAUUUGAAACAACAGAAUGAAUUGAAAAAUAACAUCAUCCAUGGCAUUCACGUUUCCGAGAUAAUUCAUAAUCUUCAAAACGAAAGAAGUUUGACAACUAUGUUAUCGUUGGCAUGGAAUACUACAAAAAACAUAUUGCACUUGAAGAAGAUUCGAGAAAGUACAGACGAGAGUAUCCAGGUGUUAUUGGAAUGGCGCUAUACUCUUCCUGGACUUUUAGGUGAGACCAUCUCCAACUCAGCCUCAUUUCUGAAUGAAAUUCGUUAUUUUCGCUCGAAAAUUGACAAUGGCGACGAAUUGAUGGCACAUGAUCACAUUAAUAUAUUUUCUACCUGGAUCCAUGAGCUGAUAACCUGGUUGGCUCACUAUACUGUCACCCAAGAUAUUCAGACCCACACAGAUGACCUCUUCGCCUAUCACAUGAUUGUCAACACGAAAGAGGAACUAGAAUUAGAAAAAAUCUUCGGAUCAAUUUAUUUUCUUCGCGGCGAAAACGCUUCGUUUCAAAAUAUCACGUCAUACAACGACAAACGAGUUCGUGCCCACGCAUUUCUAGAAACUGCUCUACUAUUUUCCUCAGUCGUGAAGAAACAUUAUGAUUCUCUUAUUAAGGAUCUGAAUGCAACAACAUGGCUAGCAGAUAUUGAAGCUAAACGCAAUUAUCUUGUUUUAAAAAAAGUGAAAAAUUCAUCGAAUCACAGUGCAAAGAAAUGGUUUGAGUUUAUGACGAAAUAUGGUGACCUAAUGGUACGAUUGGAAACUGAAGACGCAAGCCGCAUCCAGUCUCAUGUUGAAGAUCUUAUCAGAAGCAGUAUUUUAUGGUUAAUCAUUCGAUCACUUCUUGUGUGUUUUGCUGUAAUCACAGUUCCUUUCAUUAUCAUAUCCUUGGUCAAAGUCCAGAAUAAGUUUUAUAAAUACGCGUAUUCUCUUCAUCACAAAGUUGGGUUGGAACAAUCGCGCACAGAUUUUUUGAUGAGGGAAAACGCUCGACAUGUACAAGAUUUAGCGUCUCGCUGGAAGCAGUUUUCGCAGACAAAUUCGGAAAAUCGUGCCGUGGCUGAGAACGACAAAGAUGUACCCUCUUGACCUGGGAAGAAGAUGAGCCUAAUUGCAAACCCUUCCAAAUAUAUUUUGGCGUUUCUACCGGCCCACGAGCCAUGGAAAUGCACAAAUCUAUUAUAGCGUGUCUUUUCGUUUGGAAGCUGUCUGUAAUAAUCUGCAAGACAGUAGUUAGUUAAAGUGUGUCUAGAGUUGCAAAAAAGCUGCGGGAACGCGGGUACCACCCGAAGGAAGGUUUGCUUUGAAUGAGGUUUGUGAGGAAGGUUCAAAGUUGAACACUCUAAUUGAUCACAUGCAUGUAC